AUGGAGUAUUUAUCAACCAAUCCAGCAAAAAGACAGAGACUUGAUUCGCUCAAGUCUACUAGUUAUACACACCCCAAGUUGGAGUUAUCGAACGGAUCCGGCUCAAAUUUGUUGCUACAGAAUGGUCACGACAGUACUGCAAAUAACGAUGCCCACAAACUCGAAUUUAUAGAGAUAUCAUCAGACGAUGAUGAAGAGUUAUUUGUUGUUUCUGAAAAAGAUUCCUCCAUCAAACCUAAUCAAAAUUUUAAGCUGAAGGAUAAUAUAAACUUUGAUGGCGACGACAGUGAUGAUGAAAUCAUUAUUCUAUCGGAGAAGAGAGUGGCGAGUGAUACUCCUCAACCUAGAAAUGGAGCUGUGGCGACCCACGACAAUCGCGAUCAUAGUAUCAAAAUGGAUCCGGGUGUUAAACCAGGUGGACCGGAACCCAUAAUACAACACAAUAACCAAGGUAAUGCUGCCAACAACUCUUUCCACAACAAUCAACAAUCAACCACUACUAAUCCACAUCGCCAACUUCAACCGGUGUCAAGCAACUCCGACAAUCAUCAACAGGUUCCUUCGCUUUUUCAGUCACCUAUGGGUGCAUUCAGUUCACAACAACAUACUCAAAUGACCCCGGCCAACAUCCACAACAAUCAACCCCCUACUUCAAUUCCCCCAUAUACUGGAUAUAUGAGAAUGCCUGGCUCAUUCAAUCAACCAGCACCCGUACCACAUGUAACUGAUGAUCUAGUACAAGUCACUCGCGACGACUUGAAACAAAGAGAAACUGAGAAAUUAAAAGAGUUUGGUAAAUUGGAACAAAUCAAAAGGACAAUAACAGGGCAAAUCCAACGUCAUCAACAAGAAUUUGAAGUGUCGAAUCUGAGAAUGUUGAAUAUGAAGUCACAGUUAAGUCAAGCCAGUAGAAUGGGGAAUCACAGUCUCGUGGAACGAGUGAGAUUGGCGAUGACGAAGAUCCAACGGGCAAUGAACACUGCGCGUAAUAAUAUAAACGCCUUUCAACGUUCCCUCGAACCUGUUGAGGGAAGUUUGCAAACGGUAAGACAAAGUUUGGCGGAAAUCACCAACAAAUUGCGAACUGCGAGUCAUCAAGUAAAUGCCGCUUUUAACCCUUACGAAGCCGAGAUUUUCAGAGAUUCGCGAACUCAGGGAACUGUUUCGGGUGGACCCGAUGUUGAUGUUCAAACUUUACUUGACAACAUUGUGUCUGAAGAAAAAUUGGAAGAAGGGUUGGAGCCCACGCCUCCAGAAAUGACAAUCAAGCUAAUGAAGCAUCAAAGUAUGGGAUUGGCAUGGUUAAAGCGUAUGGAAGAGUCCAAAACUAAAGGUGGCAUUUUAGCUGACGAUAUGGGGUUGGGAAAAACGGUGCAAGCCUUGGCUCUCAUACUCGCAAACAAGUCACCGAAUGCUGAUAGGAAAACGACGUUGAUUGUAGCUCCAGUUUCAUUACUUCGACAAUGGGCCGCUGAAGCCGAGUCCAAAAUACAACCUUCGUGCAGUUUAAAAGUGGGGAUUUAUCAUGGGGAAAAUCGGAAAAUGAUGUCUACAUUCUUGGCAUUAAAGAAAUACGACGUUGUCUUGGUAUCGUAUGGACUCAUUGCUUCUGAAUGGAAGAAGCAUUAUGGUAAAGAGCUUUUGGAGCAUACUGACGAAGGCAGAGGAUUUUUACCAAAACACGGCACUGGUGGAACUAGUUAUGAUUCACCAUUUUUCUCUUCAAAUGCAUUAUUUCAUCGUGUCAUUUUGGAUGAGGCACAAAAUAUAAAGAACAAAUUUGCAAUUGCAUCAAAAGCAGUCAUGUAUUUGAAAGCGGAGUAUAGACUUUGCUUGACUGGUACCCCAAUGCAAAACAAGAUUGAAGAAUUGUACCCCAUUAUUCGUUUUUUGAAACUUCGGCCAUAUUAUAUUGAAGACAAGUUUAGAGCACUUGUGAUUCCAUUGAAAUCUAAAUCUGAUGAAUUUGAUGAUGUUGACCGAUCGCACUCAAUGAGGAAAUUGCGAGCCAUGUUGAGUUCAGUAUUGCUUAGAAGGACAAAGACUUCCAAGAUUGAUGGAGAGCCGAUAUUGAACUUGCCUGAAAAACAUGUCGUUUCCGAUUAUGUUGAAUUGGAAGGUGAUGAGAUGAAGUAUUACAAGGGUGUUGAGUUGGGUAUUCAACAAGAAGCAGAGGAAAUGUUCAAGCUGAAAGAUAACGGGUGCGUGUUUACUCUUUUAUUGAGGUUGCGACAAGCUUGUUGUCAUCAAUACCUUGUUGAAAUUGGGCAUAUCAAAGCGGAUCACAAGGAACAACUCGAAGAAGUUAACUUGAAACUUGAUUGGAGAAAACAAUUACGAAACAUACAAUCUUUGAAUGAAGAUACAAUUGCCCGAAUCAAAGAAAUUGCGGCAUCUUCAUCGAGUAGCGAAUUUACAUGUUCGUUUUGUUAUGAUGUGGAAGAGUUAAACAACUUUGCGGUAUUGGGAGAUUGUGGACAUUUGGUUUGUUUAGCUUGUCUCGAUACAUUUUUUGAUGAACGUGCUGUUGAAGCUAGUGAGUCAAUGGGUCGUGUUGCUACAUGUAUCGAUUGUAAUGCCACCGUGAAGCAUACCAAUACUUUUGAAUACACCAUGUUUGAAAGACUACACAUUGGGCAUGAAAGUUUACCCAAUAUUGAAGAGUUUUACAGAGGUCGUCAAAAAAAUCAUAAUUUGUCAAAUGUUGCAAUAAUUCGGGAAUUAACCACUAGAGACCAAGGGUUUGAACCAUCUGCCAAGAUUGAAAAGGCAAUUGAGCUAAUAAGAGAGAUUCGGGAAUCGACUCCGGGGCAAAAAAUCAUUAUUUUUUCGCAAUUUGUAACAUUGUUUGAUUUAAUGAAGUUGGUUUUAGAUUAUCAAAAAAUUCCAUUUUUACGAUACGAUGGAUCAAUGUCAAUUGAGAAUAAAAACACCGUCAUCAAGCAAUUUUAUCAAAAUCAAGCUGAUGUCUUGCUCAUUUCAUUACGUUCCGGAAACGUUGGGUUAACUUUAACUUGUGCCAAUCAUGUCAUAUUAAUGGAUCCAUUUUGGAAUCCAUUUGUUGAAGAUCAAGCUAUGGAUCGAGCUCAUCGUAUUGGACAAGAACGUGAAGUGCAUGUGCAUCGGAUCCUUGUGGCCAAUACGGUUGAGAGUCGUAUUAUUGAAUUGCAGGAAGAAAAGAGGCGAUUGAUUGGCGAUGCAUUGAAUGAAUCUGAAUUGAAGUCGAUUUCGAGGUUGGGAAGAAGAGAACUCGGAUUCUUGUUUGGUUUGAAUGGGUUGACUGAGAGAGGGUGA